AUGACAACUUGUAUUGAGAUACGCCGGCCACUGUUACAGGAAUCAGCCGAUUGCUACUGGCACUUUUUUCCAGUUGGACAAAGACAAAGAAAUCCGUAUCAUGUAAAACUCUUAGCACUGGCUUUCAGUUUGUUGUUGCUAUGGCAGCUAGUUGGUGCAUUUCUGUACAUGGUUCGUGAUGUUGCUUGCUUCCGGGACAAAUCCACUGCAUAUCAGUGCAAAACAGAUGCGGCUUUCCCUUUUUCAGAGGAUGUCACGAUGGUGUGGCUGGCUUCGCUAUGUAUUUUCACCGCUAUCUCUAUAGCUGCCCUUCAGAAUGUUCCGCAGUUCCCCGGUUACAAGGCAAUCUUACAUCAGCUCAAAUACGUUCCUUCAUUUUGGACUUUAAUAAUCCUUUUAACCGUCGCCUUGUUUCGAUAUGUUAAGCUACUAAUUUCUAUCAAAUCUUUGUCAUCUUGGGUCGUAAUUGUUUGCUUAAUAGUAAGUUACAUUCUCAGAACUUUCGUUGUGGGAUUUUUAAAUUACACCAGGUUGAACUCCUUAAAGCAUAAAUAUCCCAUUUACAUUUUAGUUAUAUCUAAACUAACAGUGUUCUUGUUUUUCAUUGGUACCUUUAUCAAUAUCAUGGCUACCCUUUUAGCCCUGAGUGUGGAAAUCCGCGAGAUGCAUAAAACAGAUCGAGCUAAGAACUCGCUCGAUUUGAAUUUGGAUACCGUAAACGAACUGCUGGAGGUCUUUGGUACAACCACUUUUAGAAUUAAGUUAAUGAAAUUCUUUUGGGAAAAGUUUUUCAUCGACGACAGGAACAUUCUUUGUUUCCAUAUACCUUUGGAGUGAGAAAGACAGCGAAAAUCGAAAGAGUUUCAUUCUCGUCCUCAGAGUCACUCGUUUUCGCUUACCCUGAUCACAUGACCAGCUCACUGAAAUGAUUGCGCUCACUUGGAGCGUAAAAAGUUGUUGCCUUUUUUUUUUACAAUUCCUGCUUC